AAAAGACCAGGAUGGCUGACUGCGAUAAAACAGCUGUAUACAGUCACGGCAAAUAGAUACGUCAAAUAUUUCCUUUUCUAAAGCCCAUGACUUGGAAGUUAAGUUUGGAGCGACGGAGUGUUUUCUGAAGUGAAGAACGUAGACGACUACUGCUAUGCUAAGAUGGCGCCACCAUCCAUCCAUCCAUUACCUACCGACUUCCAGCAAAUCACCAACGGAGAUGAAGACGAAAACUGCAAAUGAAGAUGAGUGAGUCGAAUUUCCCCAACAAUGUAAUUUUGGAAGCAAUCAUAAGCACCGAAAACAGUUUUGAGGAUAAAUAUGACGAUUUAGUUGAAGAAUGUAAAGAAAGAGCAAUGAUUGUUAGCUCGAAGAAGGCAGUGGAGUUCACAUCAGAGGAGAUGAAAGAAUGCAAAAGUCACAUGAAGAAACUGGAGGAGCAAAACGACCGCUUGUGUAAAGAAAAUGAUGAUUUGAAAGAAGAAAUUUCGGUGAAGACUGAGAGAUGUGCAGUGUGUGAAGAGAAGACUGGACCGCAGAGAAUUGGAGACGUCCAGCAGCUGAUUGGUCAUCCAGAAGAACUUUCCCCUCAAUCUCCCGGGGCGAGCUCCACUUUGAAGCAGGAGACUCCACAACCACCCCGCAUUAAAAAGGAAGAGGAGGAACUCUGCAUCACGCAGGAGGGAGAGUGUCUUCUAGAACCGCAGGAAAAUGAUCUCACCAAGUUUCCACUGACUGUUGUCUCUGUGAAGACUGAUGAAGAUGAAGAGAAACCACAAGUAGACAACCUCUUAGCUCCACUAUCAGAUAGUGAGGCUGAAGACGAGGUUGAAGUACCUUUGAGCAGCGAUACAGACUGUGAAGGUGAUAUGAAGACUCGCACUGACAACAAACACUCUGAAUGCUCUACAAAGAAGAGAGGUAGAAAAUGUUUGACCUGUUCAGUUUUUGAUAAAAGCGUUGGAAAAAAGAGCAAUUUAACACACACAGGAGAAAAUACAUUUAAUUGUUCCGUUUGUAGUAAAAACUUUACUCACAACCGCAGUUUGACUCAACACAUGAGGAAGCACACAGGAGGAAAAACAUUUUACUGUUCAGCUUGUGGACAAAGCUUUACUAAAAAGUGCCAUUUGACUCAACACAUGAGAAAACACACAGGAGAAAAACCAUUCAACUGCUCGGUGUGUGGGAAAUGCUUUUCUCAAAAGAGCAAUUUGACAGAACACAUGAGAAGACACUCAAAAGACAAAACAUUUAUUUGCACAGUUUGUAGUAAAAACUUUUUUUCCAGAUCGGGUUUGACGCAACACGCUAUGACACACAACGGACAAAAAACAUUUAGUUGUUCGGUUUGUGGGAAAAACUUCUCUCAAAAUAGGUAUUUGACGCAACACAUGAGAACACACGCGGACACGAGCGCACACACGGGAAAUAAAUCAUUUAAUUGCUCAGUUUGUAGCAAACGCUGUUCUUCUAGGUCAGGUUUGACUGAACACAUGAUGAAACACACUGGACAAAAGCCCUUCAGUUGUUCAGUUUGUGAAAAAACCUUUUCUCGAAAGGGCAAUUUGAUGGAACACGCAAGACGACACACAAAAGAAAUAACCUUUAAUUGCUCGGUUUGUAGUAAAGUCUUUUUUUCCAGAUCGGGUUUGACUCGACACUUGAUGAAACACACUGGGCAAAAAACAUUUAGUUGCUCUGUUUGUGCUAAAAGCUUCACUCGAAACAGCAAUUUGACUCAUCACUUGAAAAGACACACAGAAGAAGACAACUGUUGAACAUUUAGGCCGCACGAUUUUGGAGGAAAAAAAACCCUAUAUAAACAUUUUGUAAGUGGAUUUACUUAACUAAAGUAUAUGAAUAAUUAUUGAAGGAAGACUGUCAAUCAACAUAUUUUUGUCUCAGAUUUGAACACUAUGCAAUAAUCUACUAAAGAAUAUUUUUGCUUUAUGCAAACAGACUCAGAGCUUUUGUGCUUUUUGAAUGCCGGCUUCAGCUGGGUAAUUUCC